AUGAUUGAAAAGAUGAUUAAGUUAUUGAUUAAAUACUAAAUCAAAAACCUAAUAUAAAAGAUGAACAUCAUGGAAUUAAUUUAAAAAAUACUUAAAGAAGAAAGAGCUUUAAAACUGUUCAUCGUAAUCAUAUUUAUGAUCUUGCUGAUUUAGUUAAAGAAGACAUAAAAUUACUCUAAAUUUUCAAUCAACCGAAUUCUAUUAUAGAACAUUAUGUUGAUGAAUUAGAUAGAGUUCUCUUUCUAAAAAUUGACAAAAUAUAAAAGUAAUUAAAAUUUUAAUUCUUCUAGGUUAAGAUAAAGGUUAUAGUAAUUUAAAUAGCACUUAAUGGAUGAAUAAGAUCUCUCACUGUAAUGCCAAACACAUUUCUACUAAAAACAACACUAAAACUGA